AAAAAUAUACUUAUGAAUAUUUAGUGAUUGAAUAUUCAAAACAGCUAGAAAAGACUCUAGAAGGAUUCGGUAUAAGAACGUUUGAUUAUUCACAAUUUAGAAACACUAAAAUUGUUGGAUGUGGAGGGUCAGCUGUUGUUUAUUCAGCCGUAUUUCAAGGAAAAAAGUACGCAUUAAAAAGUCUAAAAAAUAAUCUAAGCUUUGAUAAAAAAAUACUUAGUGAAACAAAGCAUAACAGUUAUGAGAUUUCGGAUCCUUCAAUUAAAAUGAGUAUUGUGAGAUAG